CAGACAUCCUUCGUCAACAAAACACAUACCAAUAAAUGUAUUGAUCGAUAAAUAGAGUUUAACUACACUGCAAAUGCCGCACUUGGCGGAUCACUCACAUUUCCCUCUCUCAAUUUUCGCGGUAAUCCGAUUUCUUUGUUUAUCCCCUCUCUACAAUUCUGCAGAACAAUUGCUACAUCAUCUUCUCUUCUUCUUCUUCUUCUUUCAAAUUUCGCGGUAAUCCGAUUUCCUAUUCUUCUUCUAGAUUUUUUUUUUGGAUGAUUGGUGGCAGAGAGUAGUGUGUGUUUUUUUUUCUGGGUAUUGGAAUGGAUUCGGCAAGGAGUUGGUUUCAAAAGUUUCAACCGCGAGAAAAAUUUAGGUCUUCUUCAAGGAGAAAGGAGGGGGGUGAUGAAGAUAAUGAAGAUUCGAAAUUGGAAAUGGAUGAGGAAGCUCUUUCCAAUGUUACCAAACAGAAAGUUGCUGCGGCUAAGCAGUAUAUUGAGAAUCAUUACAAAGAGCAGAUGAAGAAUCUCCAAGAGAGGAAGGAGCGACGGACUACGUUGGAAAAGAAGUUGGCGGAUGCGGAUGUGUCCGAGGAAGAUCAAAGCAACUUACUUAAAUUCUUGGAGAAGAAGGAAACUGAAUACAUGCGGCUUCAGAGGCAUAAAAUGGGUGUUGAUGAUUUUGAAUUAUUGACAAUGAUCGGCAAGGGUGCUUUCGGGGAGGUCAGAGUCUGUAGAGAAAAAACAACCGGUCAUGUGUACGCAAUGAAAAAGCUUAAGAAAUCAGAGAUGUUGCGUAGGGGCCAGGUUGAGCAUGUUAAAGCUGAGAGGAAUCUGCUUGCAGAGGUUGACAGCAAUUGCAUCGUCAAACUAUACUGUUCUUUUCAAGAUGACGAGUUUCUCUACCUUAUCAUGGAAUAUUUGCCUGGUGGAGAUAUGAUGACUUUACUUAUGAGAAAAGAUACCUUGACAGAAGAUGAAGCUAGAUUUUAUGUUGGAGAAACAAUUUUAGCUAUUGAAUCUAUCCACAAACAUAAUUACAUCCACAGGGAUAUUAAACCCGACAACCUGCUACUUGAUAGACAUGGGCACUUGAGGCUAUCUGAUUUUGGACUAUGUAAACCAUUAGACUGCAGUACCAUCCAAGAAGGAGAUUUUUCAGUAGUAAACAACAAUGGUAAUGAGACUACACAGAAUGGGGAGCGCCCAGCAGCUCCAAAGCGCACACAGCAAGAACAACUGCAACAUUGGCAGAAGAAUAGGAGGAUGCUUGCUUAUUCUACUGUGGGUACACCUGACUAUAUUGCUCCAGAAGUACUGUUGAAGAAAGGUUAUGGAAUGGAGUGUGAUUGGUGGUCACUUGGUGCUAUUAUGUACGAAAUGCUUGUAGGUUAUCCGCCUUUUUAUUCAGAUGAUCCAAUGUCAACAUGUAGAAAGAUAGUAAACUGGAGAACACAUUUGAAAUUUCCAGAAGAAGCAAAAUUAUCUCCAGAGGCAAAAGAUAUCAUUAGCAAACUCUUGUGUAAUGUCAGCCACAGAUUGGGAACAAAUGGCGCAGAUGAAAUAAAGGCUCAUCCAUGGUUUGAUGGCGUUGAAUGGGAUAAGCUUUAUCAGAUGGAAGCUGCAUUUAUUCCUGAGGUCAAGGAUGAUCUGGAUACUCAAAAUUUUGAAAAUUUUGAAGAGUCUGAGAACCAAACUCAAACUACAUCUAAAACUGGUCCAUGGAGAAAGAUGCUCUCAUCUAAGGACAUCAAUUUUGUGGGCUAUACAUACAAGAACUUUGAGAUUGUGAAUGAUUAUCAAGUUCCAGGGAUGGCCGACUUGAAGAAGAAAGACACUAAACCGAAGAGACCAUCUGUCAAGUCACUUUUUGAAGGUGAAUCGGAGGCAUCAGAAUCAUCAGAUAUAGCCCCUUGUGAUGAGAAUGCUCAAGGGAGCUUCCUAAACCUCUUGCCUCCACAUCUAGAAGUAACUCGAAAGCAGAGCAAAACCGCAAUUAGAUUUCAUUGAUGCUGCCUUCUGCAUUUGCAGUUGAUGUUGACAGUUAAAGCUUCAAGUGCUGGGUUUUGAGGCAACUUUUAGCUUUAGCCCUCCUCGGGCAAUUAGGGGUGCAAGUUUUUUUUUUUUGGUUAAAAAAAAUAUCGAUCAAGACAGGACCAAAGAGUAAAUGCUAAUUCACUCACUAUUUUAACGUAAUUUUUUCUUUUCUUUUCUUUUUUCAGGCUCAAAAAUGUACAAAACUACUCUUACCUCAUACCAUGUAUACGUAUACAUGUGUUCUUCGGAUUUAUAAUAGCAAAAUGAAAAUUCAAUACCAA